AUGGAGAAAGGAAGUAUAGACACUGCAAGUAAUCGCAUUGAGGUUGAGGCAGCCCCUGCACUAGGAGCAGCAUCUGAAGGCAAUGAGCCGUCAAUGCACCCAACAGAGGCUGAGAGAAGCGUCAACGCGCCACUGUUUUCUCCGCUGUACUCCUCGGCUGCGGCUCGUCUGUCUGCUUGUUGUCAUGGAGGAGCCAAGAUGGCGGUCCUGGCCUAUAGCCUAGGCAAACGAGAAAUAAAUCAGUAUUUCAGUAUAAAAAAUGCGAAGUUACUGUCUCUUGUUGCAGUUAUUCUGCUCACCGUGUUCCAUUCCGUCUCUCGAUAUUAUGGAGGUGGGGACACCUGUGAGUGGCUUCUCUCCAGUGGUCGAUUCUUGGGCGAGAGUGUCUGGCAGCCGUAUGGCUGUAUGAUGCACAAGUACAGGAGCGUGGAAGCAAAGAGCUGCCUUCGUCAGAAAAGAGUGGCGUUUAUUGGCGAUUCCAGAAUCCGACAACUUUUCUUUUCAUACGUCAGGAUAAUCAACUCAGAUGUGAGAGAAGAUGGGAACAAGCAUGAGAACAUUCCAUUUGAAGAUCGAAGCUCUUCAAUCAAUGUGGAUUUUCUUUGGUGUGCUGAAGUUAAUAACUCUUUGAAGGAGCGUUUGAUCGCAUGGAGAGAGGAUGCCAAAACGAAGCCAGAUGUAAUCAUCAUGGGAGCUGCCACUUGGUCAAUAAAGUUGCACAGUGGCAGCUCGGAAUCACUGCAACAGUACAGAAGCAACUUGUCCGCCAUCACACAUGUCCUGGAGGAGCUGGCCGAAGACAGCGAGAUCUACUGGGUCCUGCAAGAUCCUGUGUAUGAGGAGAUGCUGAGCGACAACAGGAAGAUGAUCACCAACCAGCAGAUAGACCUGUACAACGACGCGGCUCUCGGCGCGCUCAACAGCAGCAAGCGGAACGGCAAGGCCAGGGUGAAGAUCCUGAGCGCCUCGCGGGAGGCCGCCAUGGAGACCAUCACCGAGUCUGUGGACGGCCUCCAUCUGCCCGAGAGCACCAGGAACGUGGGAGCCAUGGUCUUAAUGAACUCCGUGUGCAACAAAGCCCUGAAGCCGAUGGACGGGUCGUGCUGCAGCCCCCUCCCUCCCCUGAGCCUCCUGCAGAAGCUGUCGGCGCUGGCCUUCCUGGCCUCGGCCGUCGGCUUCGCCGCGCUCCACGCGCUGGGCUACGACAAGCGGCGCAAGAGCAAGCCGCCGUCGGACGUGGAGAGCGGGGAGGAGAAGAAGCCCGCGGCGGGCGGCGUGGCGGCCAGCCUGGCCAGCCCGCUGCUGGCCGUCUGCAAGAUGGGCCUCAUCAUGGCCUACUUCUACCUGUGCGACCGGGCCGACGUCUUCAUGAAGGAGCACAAGUUCUAUACGCACUCCACCUUCUUCAUCCCCCUCAUAUACAUGUUUGUCCUGGGGAUCUUCUACAGUGAAAACAGCAAAGAGGCAAAGUUGCUCAACAGAGAGCAAACGGAUGAGUGGAAGGGCUGGAUGCAGCUGGUAAUCCUGAUAUACCACAUUUCUGGUGCCAGCGCUUUCAUUCCUGUCUACAUGCAUGUUCGAGUCCUGGUUGCAGCCUAUCUUUUCCAAACGGGAUAUGGCCAUUUUUCAUUCUUCUGGUUAAAAGGAGACUUUGGACUUUACAGAGUUUGCCAGGUCCUGUUCCGCUUGAACUUCCUGGUCAUCGUGCUCUGCCUGGUCAUGGACAGGCCCUACCAGUUCUACUAUUUUGUUCCCUUGGUGACGUUUUGGUUCGCCGUCAUAUACGGAACAUUGGCGAUGUGGCCGCAGAUACUGCAGAAGACAGCCAAUGGCAGCGGGUUCUGGCAUCUGGCAGUCCUGUUAAAGCUGCUCGGUUUGCUGUCUGUCAUAUGUGUCUUUGCGUAUUCACAGGGAAUUUUUGACAGUGUUUUCUCUGUCUGGCCAAUAUCGACGCUCUUUGAACUGCAGGGCAGCAUUCACGAAUGGUGGUUUCGGUGGAAGCUCGAUCGAUUCGUGGUCAUACACGGGAUGCUCUUCGCCUUCGCCUACUUGGUGCUGCAGAAGUUCCAGGUUCUCUCGGAGGGCAAAGGGGAACCGCUGUUCUCCACCAGGAUAUCCAACUGCUUGCUCUUUGUCUCUGUGGUUUCCUUCCUGACGUACUCCAUAUGGGCCAGCAGCUGCAGAAACAAGACCGAGUGCAACGAGCUGCACCCGUACAUCUCGGUGGUGCAGAUUUUGGCUUUUAUUCUGAUCAGGAAUAUUCCUGGUUACGCCCGCUCUUUGUAUAGUUCCUUCUUCGCGUGGUUUGGCAAGAUCUCAUUAGAGCUGUUCAUCUGCCAGUACCACAUCUGGCUGGCGGCGGACACCAAGGGCAUCCUGGUGCUGGUCCCCGGCAACCCCAUGCUCAACAUCAUCAUCAGCACCUUCAUCUUUGUGUGCGUGGCGCACGAGAUCUCCCAGAUCACCAACGAGCUGGCCCAGGUGGUCAUCCCCAAAGAGAUCGGCGCUCUUCUGCGGAGGCUGCUGGGCGUGGCCGGCUUCCUCCUCGCCGUCCUCCUGCUGUCCACGCUGGAGAAGGGCCGGCGCUGAGGGUCUCGCGACCCAAACCCCCCCCGGAGGAGGGCCGGGCUGGGCUGGGGACGCACCCCGCAUCCCGAACUCUCGACGGACACGGACGGAAAACUCCGCCACGGUACCUCUGCUCUGAGGGGAAGCACCGUACUGAAGAAGAAAACGUGUUCAGACCUGAAUCUCGACUCUUAGCUUUGUUUACAGUAAGCUGUACAGUACACGGAUUUGAACUUUAGCCUUGAGGAAACUGAACUCCAAGGGCCAUUGUCUAAGACUGCGUCUUUCACACAUCUGAGCGAGUGAGCGGAGAAAGGCGGGGGCAUAGCGGUCCCGACCGUGUAUUCACACCUCUCUUCUUGAGGUGUCUUCAGCUGUCAAAGGCUGUGAAAGCUCUCGCUCAGCAGGACUUUCGUAUGAAGGGCAUUGAUACCUCCGUCCGCGUGGCAAAUUCUUACAGUGGUAGUGUCCUGGAGCGAGGCGCAGUCGCCAAGCUCUGAAGUACUCGUUGGAUGUACAGUAUGUAACUGUGUAAAUUAGUUAUAUUUUUUACAGGGUUUGUUAUCGUUCCGUUUUCGUUUUACUCAUUUGCAUAUGGCCCACGCUGCUGUUCAGGAUGAAGAACCACGUUGAAAUUUCUAACUUUGUUGAUUCGCCUAGAUGACCUUGUCGGACCAUGCGCGACAUGCACUUUUAAGGAAUUCGAAAUGAAUCGGCCACUGAUUUGUAUGUUGAUGUUAUAAGGUCCAUCUGAAGGGGGGAAACGACCACUGGUGGGCAUUUGAGCACUAAGAUGAUAUCUCUGAAGACUCUCCUUGCAGUGUAGGCAGUGCGAUACCCAUACCGUUCUGAAGGCUGCUUGUCCUUAUGCCGCAAUCGAAUGCCUAACCUUUCCAAAUACCUUUUGCUGUUACAAGCUGUUCCUGAAGUGAGUGGACAAGAGUGGGAGUGAGUUCUACUGCCAUGUUUAAAUUGAAAUUUGACAUUUAUUUAUUUCAGGCAUGUCCAUUUAUUACAAAAGUGUGAAAAAAAAAUGUCUCACUUUUAAAUGACAUAUUAAUGCAAUAUUCUGAAAAGAUUUUGUAAAUACGAGAAAUGAACACUGCAUACGAGUUUUAUUUUUCUGUGACUAUUUAGAAUUAUUGAGGUGCCAUUGAAAUGUGGUGGUUGCGGGCAGUAGCUUUGGCUACCUUUACGGUACAAAAAAAUAAUAAUACAAUGACCCAGAUUGAGUUUGACCUGGGCCUCAACUAUAUGACCAUUGUCCUUAACCCUAAAUGAUCAUUAUAAUGCCCCCCCCCAUGAAAGGUGAAAAAAUUUGCCUUUCAUGACUACUGAACAGCUGAUACCUCCAGUUUUACUUGCGUAGGUCCAUUACUUAAAUCACACAAGUUUAAAUUUCAGUAAGCAUCACUUCAGAAACAAAUCCUGUAUAAGUAAAUGUAAUUUAAGUAUAUAGUUACAUUUAUGUUCAAGGCUCAGAUCCUGGACUUUGCCGGAAUGCUGGGGUCUGGCCUGUUUUUACAGUGCCCUGUACUGCUCCAGUCUUCUGCCUUAUUGCCUGACUGGAUCAUGGCUGCUUUUGGAAUCCAUGCUCAUUCGUAGAUGUUCUCUGAACCGCACAAGCAAGGUCGAGCAGUCCGAUUCCAGCUUCUCACAAAGCGGUCUGCAAACAGAUUAAUGAUUUCUGAUGGAUAAAACAUUGUGAAUGUUGCAAAAUGAGUAAGUAGUUCACAUUUUAGGUGAAGGUAAAGCCAAGUCAUGGGUUGUAAUUGGAAUCCGGGCCAAAGCUCCAAAUACAACUGAGCCACCUCUCGUGUAACCAGUUCCGCAGGUGAAGUAAGCGCAUUUUAGUGGUUUGUGUUACGGUACUCUCUAGAAUACUGGAAUCUCUAUGAAAACGUGACUUUGAAUAUACAUUUUGAAUCGGGUAGAUAGACUUAAGACGUGCCUGUCUUUUAAUUGAGCACUGCAAAAGUUUUAAUGGACAUAUUAUUUUAGGUGGUAUGGUUGAUUUAUAGUUGGGCCUGGAUAUUAUUUUAAGCUUCUUACAGUACUGACUGUAAUGUAUUGUUAAAGCUGAACCGACAUUUAUUUAUAUGUGAAAUAUAUGUUUACCUAUAUUGAUUUAUAUUGUAGACAUUCACAUUACCUUAUUUUGAGACCAAAGGGGUAAUGCAUUGUUUUUGUAUAUUUGGUUGGUUUUGGUCAUAUAUUAUUUAAAGAAACUACAGCUAAAUGUUUAUAACUCUCUCUCUCUGUUCCCAGAGUCAUUGGUAGAACUGUUUAAUGUAAAUUCUUUUGUGGCGUCUUACAAAUGUGAAAAUCUUACCAGUUUUAUUUAUAAAUGGCUUUAUUUGGUUGUACACAACAUUGUUAAGGAUAAAGUCCUUAAAAUACGUC